GAGUCAAGAGCGAGGGAUACAAGUUAACAGGCCACGUUUCAUUUCAAUAUGAUAUUUCCUGUGAUAUUUGUAGGUGCUAUUUUUUUUCAUGGCAUUGCUGGACUACUGAAUGGUAACGUCCAUACUGGUACAACCAGCUCACCAGAUGGCGCUGUGCUCCAUCAAACUCUUGCACAACUCGUCGUGGAACUGGAAAAACGUGUCAACGACCUCCAAAAUAAGGUCAAUACUUUAGAAACAGAGAAACAGAACAACGUUGUACUCAACACUCAGUUAAAGACGGAAUUAUCGACACAAGGGAGAACACUGGAAUCUUUACAGCGGGUUCUCCAUCAGCAAAUUGCCUCUGUGUUGUCUCUCCAAACAAAAGAGGAGUUCUACAAUGUUUUUAGCUCUCAAUUAAACGACUCUCUACAGAAUCUGACAACUGAUCAUGAAAAGUUGAAGUCAAAAGUAGAAGUAAUGAAAAACCUUUCAAUUAUGCCAAUGAAGAACGAUAUCAACAAUAUGCAAGGACACAUCAACGACAUUCUGGCUGCCCAGGGAAGUCUCUCAUGGAAUCUGUCACAUGUUCAGAAUGAUCUUCAUGAUUUAUACGAACAUGUCAACCAAGAAAAGCCCGGAUUUACAGCAUACCUCGAUGGCACUUUUAAUGCCCCAGGCACCAUCAUACUCCCACACGUCUACAGCAAUUUCGGAUCCCUCUAUGACCCCAAUACAGGCGUCUUCACUGCAGACCGAAGCGGGCUAUAUGGCUUCUAUUUGGGUAUUGAAUGCGUUGACACAGGUUUAAAAAUUGUUGAACUGGUAAGGGACGGAAGUAGGAUUGCACACGCUGCUUGUUUUCCUCAAUCUGGUGUUCCAUAUUAUGGAAGUUCAUUCUCUGUGCAACACAUUGAAAAGGGGUCAAAAGUAUGGGCUAUAGACGCAUACGACUCCGGUGGCUCUAGAAUUGGACUGGGGGGAAAAACUACCUUAUCGGGAAUUCUUAUUUCCUAGUAGCAGAUAAAGAUCAAUAUAGUUGUACCUGUUUAUGUUUUAAUACAUUAAUCAGCAAAGUAUGUGUUUCUGCGAAAUCAAAACAAGCAUAUAUUGUAUGUAUCAAAUAAAUGAUGUGAAAAAUAUUGUUUUGUU